CGACAUGAGUCUCCGAGGCAGUUCGAAAUGGGGCAAGCUGCUACGCAAGCCUGACGGAUCCGACAAGAAUUUCAAGCUCAACGAAGAUGUCGUCGACUUCCUCAAACCAUCGACGGAAAAGGAGAGAAUCCCUGGCGAAGGCACGCGACAGCUGGCUGCUCCGCGAAUCGACACAUCCGCUGCACAGAGAUGGCCAGAGGCUUCGGAUGUCAGGAGAGCUGCUGCCAGUCCCCCUGAAACAUAUACAACCAAGCCAAAGAGGAAGAAGAAUGGCAAUGUCGCAUUCGUGAGGACACCACCAGAAAUCAUUGGAGAGGGCGGUGACGACUCGGACAUUCCAGUCGUCGAUGUGUCAAGAGCAAAGGCGAAGUUGGCAAGGUCACAAACGGAAAGGAGGCCUGCAGCUCCUAUGUUGGACACACAGGCAGCAGAACAACACCGUCAGGCUGCGAAUUACCCCAUGAGCGCUCCCGCCGUUCGCAAUGCCUAUCAACGCAAAAACUCGCUGGCCGACCCGACGCAUCCUGUGAACCACCCCUUUUUCGAGUCGCAAUCCCAACCCGUACCUCCUCCAGUUCCAGAGCAUGCCCCUGUACAACAAAGCCCUCGACCUGGGUUGCUGAAGCGCGCUCCCACGACCUUUGGCAACUUGGAAGAUCACGAAACCUCUCCCCUGAGUGAUGAAGAAGUGCCACCAAUCCCACCGCACAUUGAACUGCCCAUGAAUCCAAUAUAUCCCCUUGAAUCUCCCAUCUCACCACCCAUAAUCGACAACCGCGAAUUGGCCACCUUCUUACAAGACUCUCCACCACAACCUCGCUCCUUGCCACCACGGGAGGCCAAACGACAGAGCAUCAUCCGCGAAGAGGAAGGCCGAGUCUUGCGUCGCUUGUCCAGACUCGACUAUGAUGAAGUCGCUCCGGACGUCCUGGACCCGCGUAGACCACCCAGCCCGAACUCCCCUCCCCGACAGAGCCGGUCCCGUAGUCCACAGCUUCCCUCAAUUGUACCGACUGACUUCAACUUCGACACUCCCGACCACCUUCGGUCCGCUUCUCCUGAACAGCCAGCACCACCAAUAGUGCUACCUCACCGAGCACAUCCACUUCCCGAUGUUCCAGGACAACACGAUUAUCCCGACCUAGUCACGACAAGAAACGUGCAACCGUCUUUCUCUUCGUCUCACUACACUAAUGACUCAACACAUUCAGCAUCAAGCCAUCGACAGCGACUUCCCUCUGACUUCUUGGCCUCUUCUUCGCCUGCUUCUUCUGUCCGCUCAGCUUCUUUGCAGCCCAACAACGCUUCGCGACCACCACAUGCUUCAAACGUUCAUCCUCUGCCGCAACCUCCGAGCCGUGGCCCUAGCCCGAGCUACUUCUCGCAGCGGUCACUGGCACCUCAAACAUCGAAUGUCAAUGGCCUAACCCCUGGACUCAGUCCUGGAAUCACUCCUGGACUUACCCCUGGUAACCUUCCUAUACCUUCGUACGAUGCGAAUGGCAGAUCUGGAUCUGCCUUCUCUUACCGCAAUAUUUCUCCUCCAGAGCACGUUCAGGGUACUUCAGAGCAUGACGCUCUUUUCGACUUUGGCAUGCGGGUUGCACAUAUGAGAGGUGUGUUUCGUUUGACAGCUGAGCGCGAGAGAUCUAUCCAGAGUUGUACCAUUCGGGAGUGGAUUCGUGCUGCUAUUUGGUGGCUCCAUAAAGGUCGCGCAGGAUUGACCGUUCAGAUUCGAAACACUCCCAAGGGGUCAAACAGGCCAGAAACCCUGACACAAGCACACGUUGAUGUUGCCAAAACAUGGUGGAUUCUUACCGAUGUCUUGUCUGGUGCAGACUCGCCGCAUUCAAAAGUCGAUUCUCCACAAGAUACCCUACUGCGUGAUAUGGAUAUCGUACGUGCAAGUCUGCGUACCUUUACUUUGUCAAUGAGUCGGAACAAUGUCAUGCCCCCGCAUCAGUCUUUGAUCCAAGGUCAGGAUACGACAAUGUGGGUGGAGUAUCCACGUUUUGCUUCAGAUGUGGCAUCGCUUCUUCGUGGCAACACUUCUCAGGCGCUGAUUGCUCAAGAUCAGCUCGAAGAAGCAAAUCCUCUGGAAGCUUUGCCGCUCGGUGACACCAGAGAUACGUUCUGCUACAGUAGGAUGUUUGUCAGUGCGUCCAUCAAUACGGAGGAAGCAGACACUGAUCGUGUCGUCUUGCCUUGCGUUCUCACCAUGAUCAGAGGCAAAUCCGAGUUCCAAACCUCGGUCGUCAUAUCGAGUCAAGCAGACUUGGUGAAUCUCUCAAUCAGGCCUGGAGAUGGAGGGUAUGGUAAGGGACCGACUUGGCACGAUGUUAGCUGGAAGUCCAAGGAGCAUGGUCUCUACAUCCGUCUCCCCAGAGGCUUCACUCUCAACCUCGCGUUCCAAGAGCCAGACUUUCGGUCAUUGUGGAGCAUGGUCGACUACACCAACAAAAUCUACAGCAGCAUGAAGCCAGAAGGCGACGAGCGAAUGAUAUUCCAGGCGCAUCUGAGUGAAAUCGCACACACUGAUUCUACCAAUCCUAGCGCAUUCUCCAAGGACAAGGUUCGGUCGUGCACGGCAUUUGUGUACGAGAAGAGGCUUCAUGUUCGUACUGGGCUUGGUGAGACCAAUCUGCAUCGUGGAUAUCGACUGCUGUUGAUGGCGAAUCCUGUCAACAAGUCUUUGACCAUGGCUGGUAUUCCUUUGUGCAGGAUAACGCCUUUGCUCUUCGAAAUGUCAGCAGACACCGAGCCUCCGAUCUUGCAAGUGCACACGCAAGAUUCGGUGCGGCAGUGUAGGACUACUCUAACCUUCAAAAGUGGUCGCGAACGCCAGGACUUUUAUGAGGUGCUGCAGGGUAUUGCUACUGACCAGAAUGAGCAAGUUGUGGCCAGAGUGGGACUCAGAAGCAUGGUUGCCGAGACGUCGACUGGACAAGAUACGAUUGCGGGUGCUCUCCAGGGACUCAGCUGGCAAGACGUUCGAGUCAUGACGGAUGCUAAUGCAGCAAUUGGACAAGAUCAGGGCGACAUGACAAUGUCGGAGCACUUCCGAUUAAUUGCGACGCAUGACAGCGGUGCAGUGACAGACCGUCCUGGCGAGCUCUUGUUGCGUCUCCCAGCUUCCAGUACACCCAGUAUGACGCUUUUGCGCGCACCGCAAGAAGAUCUGACUGCUUCGCUCGAUAUUGGCAGAGCCCAGCAUGGCCGUGAGGGGUUGAAAAGACUGGUGCAAACAGCAGCAACGUCGCCAACCACUCGCACCUUGACAUUCUCGUCCAUGGCGGAUCUGCACACCUUCCAGAAGGCGCUCACAAGAUAUUCGGUCAAGUUCGACGGGUCGGCUACCUUGUUCGCCAUCUCAAGACGACGAAUGGUUGUGCCCAUCUACAAGAAAUGGGAAGCGACCAAGGUCCGAAUUCAGAUCUUGACACUCGGGAAUGUGACCAAGAUUGCAGCCUUUUUCGAAGACUUCAGCCACGCCGAUGCCAUGGUCUUCCAGAUCAAAGCAGCGGACACUUUCGAGAAGGCAAAAGGAGACAAACCAGCCAAAUACUGUGUCAAGUUUGUGGAUGCCAAGUUCAGUCUACCAAAGAAGGAGAAGGAUGUGGAAGGAAGUGAAGAUGAACCGCCAUCGGAUUCAAAGAUUUGGGGCAAGGGCGUGCGUCGCAAGUAUAUCAACCUUGAAGGGUUGGAGUAUGCAGGAGAGCAUGAUGAUAUUACCAUUGGAUUUGAAACGGAAGAAGAACUGCANGAGCGCGAUCGCUUCUCGGAAGGGCUGCCGGCAGCAACGACCAACAAGGUGUUCCAAUUGAGGAGGAAGAUU